CAAACUUCAGCCAACGCUAAUACUGACACCAUCUCUGUUGAUGACGACCCCUUGAACGUCAAACAGUUGGCCUUGAACUUCGACUAUCUUAUCUACAAAAUCAACGACAGAAUCAAGUCUUUGGCUGAGGAAACCGAGCUAAGUGUUUCAAAUAAAAGAUACAAUGUUGAAGUAUUUAUCGAAGAUGAAAUCCAGUCUGAGGUUGUUAAAUUCAAAGAUUUAAAUGACCAGUUAGAUGAAUUACUAAAUGAUUUUUUAAAGGUCCAGCAAAUUGACAUGAUUGUUAAAGAUUUUAAACAAAGGAUC